CACCGAACCAGUGUGAUGUGUAUCCUGACGCUAACGUUCCCGCCCCAUUCAACGAGUUGUGGUGAUCCUCACCAAGCGCUCCCUAAACGUUUGCCCCGCCCACUCAUCCCAAGUUGAUUGGUUGAGCCGUAGAUGAGGCGUUGUUUGAAUUUUAGUUGGAUGCUGUUGUGUUUGGUGGCUACUUGGAGCUGUUUACAGUCACUUCGGUUUCCAGUAUUUUAUUUAAAAAUUCGUCCAGUUAUAUUGUUCAACUCCACAGGCGUCCAGCUCAGACGCCUCUGGAUGUUCCAGGACUCUCCCGCACACCUGUAGCAGCUCCCUCGUCUUUCUAGAGUGGGUCAGACCGUUACUGCAGCAUUUCACUGGUCCUGACCUGUGACUUGGAGACAAUGCGUCAUGAUUCAUCUGCAAGUCGACGGAAGGGCAAAACCCCUCAACGUCGCCCCCCGGUACCCGACCCAGGGCCCUCUGGUUCCACACCCAGGACCCCAAGACGAAGCAGAGUUUCAGGCGUGCCUCCUGUGUCUCCCAAGAAAAGAAGGUUUCGACCAGGAACCAAGGCCUUAAUGGAAAUCCGCAAGUACCAGAAGAGCACCGAUCUUCUGUUAAGGAAAGGACCCUUCUCUCGUCUGGUUCGUGAGGUGUGCCAAGGUUUUUCCAGAGAGGCUCUCAGGUGGCAGGUCUAUGCUCUUCUUGCCCUGCAGGAGGCUGCUGAGGCCUUUCUUGUCAUGUUAUUCUCAGACGCCAACCUGUGUGCCAUCCAUGCCAAGCGGGUAACCGUGUUCCCCCGCGACAUUCAAUUGGCAAGGAGGAUCCGUGGGGUGGAUAACAUGUAAAAACACACGUUUAUGUAUUUGUAGAAUAAUUUAACUAUCCAGAAUAGUUCUGUUGUGUUAGUGUGAUCACUGCUUUGUUAUAUUGACGUUUAUAUAUUGUUGAUGUGUAAAUGUUCCCCAAAAUGUAUUUUGUUAAUAAACCGCAAGAAUUUUUA